AGUAGAGACUCUCAGAUCAUCUAUGCAUUUCUCAGUGUCUCUCUAAAGUGUGUGUCUGUGACUGGAGUUUCAAAGCACACAGAAGAGAAACACCAACACCCAUGGGGCUGGGGAGUUCCCAUCCGAAGCCGUUCCCAGGAGACAUCCUGGAGUUUCCUCUGAAUAAAUACUUCUCCCAUUUUGGAAUUUAUUACGGAGAGAGGGAUGGAGUGCCCUACGUAGCACAUCUUACCUGCAGAGACUCGGAGACGAAGCUGCUGUUAUUUGGUCGAGCCCUGAAGUCAGAGGUCAAACUGGACCCAGUGGAGCUAGUGGGACGGAAAUACAAGGUGAGGAACUUGCUGGAUAAGGUCCAUCCUCCCAGGGACUUCUACUCUCUGGUGAAACCUGCUAUAGACGACAUGAUAGGUAGAGACGUCACCUUCGACAUCCUGUUUCAUAACUCUGAACACCAGGCCACGCUCUUCAGAUACGGACUCAAGAAGUCCACCCAGAUUGAAAAGGUCUACGCCCAGAUCCUGCCCACCUGGAAGAAACCGUUUGAGAAGAAGAAGUUGUAACCAUGACGACGACCGUGGCUGUGUUCUAGAUUGGAACACAGUCUACAGUUUAAUUCCCUCUAGAUAUCUACUAACGAGGUACAACAAGGAGAAUCAUAACAGUACAUUUUUUAAAUGUAACUCAGUGUAGGAUGCUGAUAUAGGGUCAAUUAUAUUUCUGAGUUUUUACAUUUAGGGUUACAUUGAACACUGUUUUUAUAUAUAUAUAUAUAUAUAUAUAUAUACACAUCAAUAAAAUACAGUAAAACACUU